CUGGGAGGGAGAGAGGGAGAGAGAGAGAGAUCUCAGGACAAUCUAGAAGAAGGAGCAGCCAAUUUUCAGCCCUUCAAGCUGAUACACACUCCCCUCAUUACGAACCACACAAACAGGCUUUUCCUCUCACACACACACCACACCUUGACAGGUGGCCUCUGCCCAGAUCAGUAGCUGUGGUAGAAGCCAUCUUAACUGACUCACUGAGGUUUGAGCUGAGGUUUGGAUCCUCGCUGACUGUUCGAGCGUGAGCAGAGUUAGAAGAGCUCAAGCUUCACUUUCUUCUCCAGUGCAGAGAGACGGCACGCCAGGCACGAGGCUCCCCACUCCCCACUCCUCCCCUCUCCCACUCUGCCUUUUUGCUGGGCUCCAGUCCAGAGAAUGACUGGCUCCAGUGGACCCAAGAGGAACGCAGCCUGAGGAUACAGUACAGCAGCUCCAGCCUUGCCUGCCUGCCCGCCUGCCUGCUGGGACACAAAUGCACUGAGGUUUUUACAAAUCAUCUCCAACACCUUUAUGGGAUUCACAGGGUAGAUUUUUUUUUCUGUCAUCAGAUAAGAAAGACUGGAUCUAAGCUGGGCAUACAGAUAGACAAACAAACAGACUGACUGACAUAUGGACAGAGAGCAGUGGGCACUGCGGCGUGAAUCUAGCAACUGGACUUCUCUUCUCCCUGGUUACUAAGACCAAACAAGGAUAACAGCCAGAGCACUGUCCACCGAGGUAGUGGGUGGAUGCAGCUUUCAUCACACGGCUAUAGGGGAAAGCAGAUACUGUAUAGAAGCUGCAGAGUAUCUAGUUGAUUCUCACUGUGGUGAUCGUCAGAUAAUGGACUGUUACCUCCAAUAGACUUUUGUUAGAUUGCUAUCUCUUAUUAAAUAUUGUUUGAAGGAACUUGUAGGGCAAAGACUUUUUUUCUAUUCAUGGACUUUGCUGCCCGUGUUGAGUGGACUUGCAGGAUUUCGGUGUAUAUGAACGUGGAGUGUGUGUCUCAAUGAGGAUGGCAGAGUGCAUAAGGACUGUGUAUCUGACACUGAUGCUGCUGUAUCUUGUUCUGUUGAGCACGGCUCACACAGCCCACAGCAUAUACCCAAGGAUACGGCUCUCCCACAAAGAGCUUUGGCAGCUGAACAGGACCUGGGUGUUCCAGGGACAUGGAGCGUCUCUUCAGCCACAGACCAUGCUUCUGGAUGAGGGCCACGAGAGGCUUUAUGUUGGGGCCAAGAAUACUCUGUUCUCCCUUAGCCUGGACCGGGUCAACACACACCACAGAGAGAUUCAGUGGGCGAGUACAGAAUCUCAGAUCCAGGAGUGUUUGAUGAAGGGAAGGGAUAAGUCGGAGUGUGCUAACUACAUCAAGGUUCUGCAACAGUACAACCAGACCCAUUUGCUGGUCUGUGGAACAGGAGCCUUUAACCCCAUUUGUGUCCUGGUCAGAGUGGGACACACAGGGCAGGACAGGUUUGCUCUUGAAGAAGACAAUAUCAUGAGUGGCAGAGGACGCUGUCCAUAUGACCCCAACAGUCCAUGCACGUCUACGCUCUCCAGAGGAGAGCUGUAUAUUGGCCUGUACACUGACUAUUGGGAGAAUGAUGGUGCUUUUUGUCGACUUAACAACCAGACCUACACACGCACUGAGAGAGACGACAGGCAGCAACUAAAUGAACCUAAAUUUGUGGGGUCAGCGGUUAUUCCUGACAACGAUGACAGGGAUGAUGAUAAAGUUUACUUCUUCUUCACUGAACGAGAGAUUGAUGCUGAGGGAGUGAACAAGGCUGUGUACACUCGUGUGGGGCGAGUCUGUGCGAAUGACCAAGGAGGACAGAGAAUGCUCGUGAAUAGAUGGAGCUCCUUCCUGAAAACUCGUCUUAUCUGCUCUGUGGCUGGACCAAAUGGCAUUGACACACACUUUGAUGAACUUGAGGAUGUGUUUGUGCUCAAGAACAAGGAUGGCAAAAAUCCAGAAGUCUUUGGCCUCUUUAGCACAACAAGUGCGGUGUUUAAAGGCUAUGCAGUGUGUGUCUAUCACAUGGAUGACAUAAGAGCAGCCUUUAAUGGUCCAUUUGCAUACCGAGAGAGACCUGAGCAUCACUGGACACCAUAUGACGACAGAGUCCCCUACCCUCGACCUGGAUCUUGUGCCAGUAAAGUGAACGGCGGUGGCUUCUCCAGCUCCAAGGAGUUUCCCGAUGAGGUUUUGCGGUUUGUGCGCUCUCAUCCUGUGAUGUACCGUCCAGUCCUUCCCCAGCACCGUAGACCUGUCCUGUUGCAGACAGAGCCAGGCAGAAGAAAGCUGACCCAGAUCGCUGUGGACAGAGUCCAAGCCCAGGAUGGACACUACCAUGUUCUCUACAUCGGCACUGAUGACUCAGUGCUGUUGAAAGUUAUCACUAUCUACAACAAAGACACAGACACUAUGGAGGAGGUGCUGCUGGAAGAGCUGCAAGUAUUCAAGGUGCCAGCACCAAUAAGAGAGAUCAUAAUCUCACCUAAAAGGCAACAACUGUAUGUCGGGUCAGAAGUGGGAGUGGCUCAGGUCAGACUGCAUCAGUGUGACCUCUAUGGCUCAGAAUGUGCUGAUUGUUGUCUGGCCAGAGACCCCUACUGUGCCUGGGAUGGUCUAACCUGCUCCAGAUACUACCCUGCUGGAGUUUACACCAAAAGACGAUUCAGGCGGCAGGAUGUUCGCCAUGGCAACGCCGUCCAGCUGUGCAAUGGGCUGCAAAUUGAUGGUGUAGAUGAACAAUGGCACAGAGGUGAGGAGAGGCUGGUGUACGGUGUGGAGAGCAACAGCACUUUACUCGAGUGUGUCCCUAGAUCACUCCAAGCAAAGGUACUCUGGUUCUUACAGCAAGACGGAGAGAAACAUGAGGUUCGAGGUGAUGAGCGGAUUAUCAUGACCUCCCACGGGCUGCUGUUUUUACGAGUGAGAAAUUCGGAUGCUGGUGUGUACGUGUGCCAGACUGUGGAACAUGGAUAUGUGCACACAUUAUUACGCAUCUCUCUACACGUGCUCAGAGGGGAGAGGGUGGAGUCAGCGAUCCACAGGGCUAAUGAUGGGGAUGGAGAGAAAGCUGCACCUCCAUGCCACUACUCUAUGGGCCAUUCACCAGGCCCCAGCAUCAGCCCCAGGGCUCUGGUGCCAUCCUCAGUCCCAGGCCCCCACUCCAGGCUGUGGUACAAAGAGUUUCUCCAGCUGAUUGGCUACGGGGAUGCCCAGAAAGUAGAGGAAUACUGUGAGAGAAUGUGGUGCUCUGAUAAAAAACGUAAAAAGACCAAAAGGAAGUAUGUUCCUUUGGGUGGCGAGAAGAAAGGGAAAGGGAGAGGAGAGGAGAACUCCCACCGAGCGCCCAGGCACACCUUGGACACCUGAGGAGAAUAGAGAUUGACUGCACACACACACACACACACACACACACACACACACACACACACACACACACACACACACACACACACACACACACAGUCUAAAGGUCAGACUUCCUCAGUGUUUGCACCAUGUCAAAGGUUUUCACAAUGAAAAACAUAUGUAGCAGGCUGUCUAGCUGUUGUAGCUACAUUUAUAGUAUCAGUAGUUUGACUAUGCUUUUUGUACUUAUUUUAAAAAGCAACUUUUUGGCUUUUUAUGUGGUGUAAACUGAUUAUGUGGUGCAAACCCCGGGUAAAUACAACACAUGUCAGUGUCAGAGCAGAGGGCCUGGGAAGAGAUGGACGACUGAUUUAGCGACGUUGCCUCUGAUCUGAGACAGAAUAUAAUAUAUUAGCUCCUGUGGACUGACCCAGCCCAACCCAGCUGAUAAUCCAAACGCACACAGAGACUUGCUACACUAAACCUAUGCCCCACCUCUCAUUCAAUGGCUCAAUAUGACAAACUCUUACUGUAUCUAUUAUGAGAGAAACUAUGUUAAAGGUAAUGGCCUUCUAAUCUUUUUUGGUACUAUGAUAACUUAUUUUCUUGGUCUCUACUUUGAGUUAUGUAGUUGUUUUUAGAUGUCAUGAACUGGAAAAUAUAGUGUUGUUUCUGUACAGUGAAAAAUGUCUUGAGCUUUAUUAUACUGAUAAUUUGAUUAUUGCAAUGAUGUUGCAAUGCCACUAUUAUGGAUAUUUGAGGGAUGUUUGAAUUAUAUGUAUGCCCUCAAUGGAAAUAAUUACUAUUUAAGCACUUGUGAAAACAGUAACAGUAGUAUGAAAAGUGGUCAGUAGAUAUUAAUGUUAUUGUAAGUGUGUACAUUUACAUCUACAAUUGUGAUCAAAUGUACCAACAGUAUUGUGUAUUGUGUAUUGUAUUUAUCUCAAUUUAGGGUGGUCUUUGUGUGCACAUCUGGUAUCUAUUACUGUGUAUACAAAAAGUCAUCCUUCACUGCUGGUUGCUCCCUCCUCUUUCCCUAUUUCUCCCUCUCUUACUGGUUCUCCCUAUCUCCCUCUAUCACACUUUCCUCCCCCUUCAUUUACCCUCUUUUGUUCAUCUGUAAUGAUGUUGCAGAUGGGAUUCAUAAUUACAACACCACAUUCUCCUCAGAAGAAAAAAACAUACAAAUAAAUGUUAGGGUGACCAUCCUAGCAUGCCAUUAGCAAAAGUGAUGAGUCAGCCUGAUGAAUAUUCAGUUAAUCCUAAAAUGACAGAAACAUCAAACAAUCCGAUGUUACAGUGAAAUGGAUUGUAGUGGUUGUGCUAACAAUAUAGUCUGGAGGAUCACCUAUUUUUUCCAUGUUGUGCCUUAUUUUCACUUUAGAAAUUUGACCUCGUUGUAUUUCUCUAUUCAUAAUGAGGUAAAAACAAUCACUUGGUCUCUGUCAAGGCCUUAUAUCAUCAUCGUCAUUCUCCUUGAAUAUUCUUCAACUAAGAGCUUUGACUUGGAUUGAAAAUGCUGUGUCUGCUAUACCUCUUAUAAAUACCUGCCAUUAAAAAAAGAUGGACCAUCCUUCCCUCGUGUCACCUCUGUGGUUUAGCCAUCAAUAAUGACAAAUUAUACUCAGUCCACGUCCACACACAGACAUACUGAGAGUCCGAGCCAAUGAAGCGGAAUAAAAAGAGGUUGAGAGAGAGGUGUGUGCAGUAGUCACUUAGAUUAAAACAUACAUUUUCAUAUGUAAUAUUUUAUUUGAUUGGGCAACUACUGUAAACAUGAUUUAAAAAAGUUGCUGUCUAGUACAACCGGACUGGUUAUACCUUUUUGAACUGUGCACUAGACCACACUCAUUCAAAUUCUGUCUAGGUCUACCUGAGUCUGUGGGGUGCUGAAGGCAUUUGAGAAUGGAAUUCAUGCCGCUGAUAUAUUCCACAUGGCUACCAUAGCAACAGGCUCUGAACCAGUUCAGUUCCCCUCCUCAUCAAAGCUCUCUCUCUCUCUCUCUCUGUCAAGUUUUAACACUGUUACUCUGGGCCCCCUCUAGCCAUGGUCCCUGUAGCCACAAAUAGAUCACACUCUAAUGUAUACCGGUCCUCUUAGUUAAGCUUAAAAGUGCUUUCUUUUCUGCAGGGACUGAAGCUGGCAUUUGCCUGCUGGAUGGAGCUUCUGAUCCCACAGUAAGAUGCCAUUUGGGAAUAGAUGCAAAAAUAGAGAUUCAUUUGGAGCUGCACAUAUUUUCUUUUAGACAUCAAUCAUUACGAGGUUCAAGAGGUCAAUUAGGGGUAAUGAAAUACUGUAAACCAAUUCAGCAACAAAGAGAUUAAAAGGUCAAAGGUCACUAAUAAACAGGCUGCUGUACAUGUUUCAGUCACUGUGUGAAGAUGACAGUGUUUAUCCUUUUCCUCUAUUGGCACCCAUCUCCUUUUUUUCCUACCGCCUUUGUUGUCCCCACAUAGUGCUGUUUCUAUCAGGAGCCAAUGCACCAGAACGCUUUAUUACAAGUGAAAAUGUCAGGGAGGGAAGGAGAGUUUAUGAGGCGGAGGAAAAUGAACAUUGGAGGACAAAGAGUAAACGAGCCUCGACAGCCAGUAACACUCCACAUGCUGUCAGUGUGUACAGUAUAUUGUGUGUAUGUGUAUGUGUUUUGGCGACUUUUUUGGGGUUUGCAUACAGGUCUUGAUGGUAAAUAAGAAUAAAAGCACGGCAGAUAGAAA